AUGUCUCGUAUCCUGAUCAUUGGAGGGUCGUUUGGGGGCCUUGGAGCCCUGAAAAGUAUCAUCAAAAAGGCCCAGAGCCUGACACAGCAGCUGGACGUCACGCUGGUCGAGCCAAAGCUCGGCAUCCUCAAUAUCCUCGGCAUCCCCAAGGCGGUGCUUGAUCCCGAGUUUGCUGCCGAGUCGUUCGUCUCGUUUGAGCGCGCCAACGUGUACUGGGACACCAUCAGGCUCCAGGAGGGGAUGCAGUUUGACACGAAAAAGGUGCUGAGGAGCGAGAACGCCGACAAGCCGCACCUCGGCAUCGCUGCGGAGGAGCUCAAGUACAACCCCAACUUGAAGCUGCACUUUGUCCAGGGUCAUGUGACCGAGCUCGCGAACAACGUUGCCAAGGUGAGGAUCGGGAAGCUCGACAAGGGCCGGCUGCCGGAGAGGUACAGGCCAACGAAGCCGGCCGAGGAGGUGGAGAUUCCGUACGACAGCGUUAUUAUUGCGAGCGGCCGGACGAGAAACUGGCCGCUGGACCCGCUCUCGUCGACGGCAGAGGAGCUCCGGACAGAGAUGGCGGACUCCACGGAGCAGAUCAAAAAUGCGCAAAAAACAGUGGUUAUUGGCGGCGGCGCCCUGGGAAUCGAGCUUGCCGGCGAGAUCAAGCACCAGUUUCCGGAAAAAGAGGUGGUGCUGGUCCAUCCGCACGCUACUUUGCCACCAGAGCGUCUGGUUUGCGACCAGUUCAAGCAGCAGGCUCUCGAAUUCCUCAAAAAUCUCGGAGUUGAGGUGCUGCUCAACACGAGAAUCAAGGCGGAGCAAGAAGACGGUGUUCUGGUGACCACCGACGGCAGAACCAUCACGAGCGACCUGACGUUCUGGUGCAACUACAAGAAGAACAAUGUGGAGUUUUUGGCGAAAAGCUAUCCGAACGUGUUCGCUCCGAAUGGUGACAUCCUCGUGACGCAUCAGUACGAGGUGAAGACCGACGCGGGCGACGUACUGGGCAAUAUUUUCGCGGUCGGUGACUUGGUGGACCUGCCGCUCGUCAAGACUGCCGGAUGGGCCUACAGACAGGGCUGCCAGGCCGGUAACAACGCCGUGGAGCUUGUACUGAACGAAGACAGAGGCGGCUACGAAUCCGUGGACAAGGAGUACCUCGAUAAAGGGGGCAUGCUCUUGGUGGUGGGCAUGAACCAGAGUGUUUGCGAGGACUUUUUUGGGCAGAUCUUUAUCAACGACCCGGAGCAUUUGAAGAUGUAUGAGGAUUAUAGACUCAGCGUUAUGUUCCCGACGUACGGGCUCACAAAGGAGCAGAAGUGA